AUGUCGGUGAUUGUAUUGGCGGUGUUUCUUUCGCUUCUGUAUCCUGUCGCCGCAAGAUGGAGCUUCGCUCCUAUGGACCGCUAUCCCCAUGUCCCAGACUACGGGCCUCAGGCCAACAUGGCAUACAUGGUCGACAACCAACACAACUACUUCAAGUCUGCACCAGACAAAGGAACCCAAAAUGGCGCCGUAUGGCUACAGUCUGGGAGCUUUGAGAAUUACAUGGCCAAGCUCCGUUCCAACCAGACGGUUGCGCAUGGACAAGGGAACUCGGGUACACCAGCAAACGCGACUUGGCAUGCAAGCCGAUCAGGCAAACUCCAUGCUCGAGAUUCCAGUUACUGGUUGCCAGCACUUGCUCCGAAGGGACAGCAACCAUUGGCUGGCGCGGGAUACAAAAUGUAUCGCGAUGUUGUCAAAGACUAUAACGCGGAUCCCACUGGAGGCAGUGAUACGACUGAGGCAAUCAACGCCGCUAUUCAGGACGGCAAUCGCUGUGGCCUGGAAUGUGGCAAUACAUUCAAGCAGGGCGCUGUCAUUUACUUUCCUCCCGGGACUUACAAGAUCUGCCGGCCCAUAGUGCAGUACUACUUCACGCAGUUUGUCGGUGAUGCACUCAACCCCCCCACUAUCAAGGGGUGCGACACAUUCCAGGGCAUCGGACUCAUCGACACUGAUCCGUACAUCCCGGGAGGGAACGGCGUGAAUUGGUACACCAACCAGAACCAGUUCUUCCGCCAGAUCCGCAACUUCAUCUUUGACUUGAACGACAUGCCCCUGGCUACAGACGACGAUGGCCAGCCGCUUGCGCCAACUGGAAUCCACUGGCAGGUGUCCCAGGCCUGUUCUCUGCAGAAUCUCGUCUUCAACAUGCCGACUGCUACUGAUAGCAACAAGGCGACGCACGUCGGUAUCUUCAUGGAGAACGGCAGUGGUGGGUUUGUGUCAGACUUGGUCUUCAAUGGUGGUAGCAUUGGAUGGCGCGCUGGUUCCCAACAAUACACUGCCAUGAACCUCAAGUUCAACGGCUGUCUUACGGCUGUUCAGAUGGUCUGGGACUGGGGUUUCAAUUGGCAGCGGAUCGAGGUUGACGGCAGCGCCAUUGCCUUCAACAUCAGCGGAAGAGGCGGCGACACGGGCCAGGGCACAGGUUCGGUUUCCAUCAUCGACUCUAAGAUCACCAAUUGCCCCAUCGGCAUCCUGACCAACUCCCGCACGGAUGCGAGUGCCGGGCCUCCAAACAUCGUCAUUGACAAUCUCGAGAUGAGCAACGUAGCCGCCACGGUCCAGGACGAAGGCGGUUCCGUCAUCCUCGCCGGUUCGAACCACGUCGACCUCUGGGCCAUCGGCCGCCGCUACAAUGGUACCAAGGGAUCCCACGAGAGUGGAGCGGUCGACGCACCGGCCAAGGCAGCGCGCCUCCUCGAUCAUGGCAAACUGUUCUAUCGCCCGCGCCCGCAGUACGAGAAUGUUGGCGCAGAUGGUUUCUUGAUCGCCACUGAUGAAGGUUGCCUGAAUGAUGGCACUGGUGACCAGAAGGAUAAAAUCAAUGCCUUCCUCCAGAAAGCCAAGGCUGCGGGCAAGAUCGCCUUCUUCCCAGCAGGCAUCUACACCGUCGGCGGCACGGUCCAGAUUCCCACUGGCUCGAGGGUUCAAGGCUCGCUUUGGUCCCAGAUCCAGGGUGGCGGCUUCUACUUCAACGACAUCAACAACCCGAAGGUCGUCGUCCAGGUCGGCAAUCGAGGCGACGUUGGCAACGUGGAAAUCGUGGAGAUGAUGUUUACCGUCACGGGAGCAACGGCCGGCGCUAUCAUCUUGGAGUGGAAUGUGCAUGAGGAGACGCAAGGGUCCGCGGCCAUGUGGGACUCGCACAUCCGUGUUGGCGGUGCAACGGGCACGAACUUGGAUGCUUCUACGUGUCCCAAGAAGGGGGCGUUCAAUGACAAUUGUAUAUGUGCUUCGCUGCUCUUCCACGUCACCCCUCAGGCAUCGGGUUAUUUCGAAAAUGCGUGGAUCUGGCUGGCAGACCACGACAAUGAUUUGAGCGUGUACGACAGCCCGGACAAAGGCGUCAACCAAAUCAGCUUGUAUGCCGCUCGCGGUACUCUCAUUGAAUCCGAAGGGCCGUCAUGGUUCUAUGGCACAGGCUCGGAGCACAGCGUUCUCUACCAGUACCAGGUAUACGGUGCAAAGGACAUCUAUCUCGGUCAUAUCCAGACAGAGACUCCCUACUUCCAGCCUAAUCCCGUCGCUCCCUAUCCCUUUGACGGACAGAAGAGCUUCCCCGGCGAUCCCUCAUUCGCAGACUGCACGACUGAUGACUGCAAAGCGGCAUGGGGCCUACGUGUUAUCGACUCUCAAGGGGUCACGAUCCAUAGCGCCGGGCUCUACAGCUUCUUCCAGGAGUAUUAUCAAGAUUGCGUCGAUACGGAAAACUGCCAGGAACGAAUUGCUGAAAUCAAGGGUAGCAAGGAUGUUGUUCUGUUCAACCUGUUCACCAUUGCCACCGAGGAGGUUGGGAAUGGCAUCAACAAUGGUGCUAUUUUCCAAAACGACUCGAACCAGAGCGGUUUUACCACCGAGGUCAGCGUCUGGCUCCCCCUGGAUGGCGAUGAUAACAUCGAUGUGGUAUAUGUUGGAACUGAGGUCUGGACCGGUACCCCGAUGACCUGCUCCAGCACUUGUGUUCUAGUUAUCCCAACUAGCUCACUAUCAACGCCGUCAGUCAUCGACCCCGGACUCUACCACACGUCGUUCGAGUACGGCCACAUUUCAACAAUCACCAGUGCCAAUGGGGUGACCGCCACCACCUUCAUCACAGAAACCACCACCGUCACCAUCACCAUCCCGAAGACUACUGUCGGUGCCAUGUCAUACUCCAAUGUCAACAUAACCUCGGGUCAGACGGUCGGCAGUGUCGUUGUACAGCCUAGCGUUAACCUCCCCCCUAUUGGCGUCCCGCUCCCAGAUGGCGAGGGGGGCACAACAACGAGAAUUGUAUCGCUUCCCCCAUGGCCCGCGGUCACCAACGGUCCACCUGACAGCUGGAAUAACCCCACAGACCCCUUCGAUAUCACUGGCACUGGCGGUGCGACUGGGUCAUCGCCGAGCAUCUACCGCACUCAGUACUCUACAACGGUAUCGGCGAGGGGACCAACCGUCACCACCCUCUCGUUCCCAUCGACCGUCAGCCCCAUCACGGUGAACUGUCCACCAGACACGACAAUCGCCUUCAACACGCCCAAGACCACCAUCACUACCGACUGUGACCACCCGACCGCCUUGACUCUGGGCUUCACUUGCGCACCAACAAAGAUAGUCACCUUUCUCGCCGCAUCUUCCGGGGUGUUCUCAGUGGACUGCACUCUGGUGACUCUUUUCCAUCCGCCGGCGCCGCCAACUAAUACUUCGCCGACCACCACCCAGACCACCACCUCGCCUCUCCCGGUCUGGGCUACGUGGCCUGGAGGGAUCAUCACGCCGGUGCCGACUCCUGUCAAUGAACCGCAACCAACCGACGACGGUGUUGUGACGCCGUGCAAGCUCUGGUUCUUCAAUAUAUGCAUUCUGCGGAGUGACAUCAACAUCGGUGGAUGGCACUGGAUCUUGCCGCCGGGUAUUUAUCCGCCAGGCCCGCCUCCUGGAUUUAUCAAGUUCCCCAAGGGAUGGGACAUCGAGGGCACACUACCACCUUGGCCCAGAAUCACCAUUGGAUGGGAUCAUGUCAUGACCUACGAGAGCGACCCUGAGAAGCAGUGUGAGACCGAGUCAGCUUCCAUCUGCUCGACAACCACGUCGUAUGGAGUGACCACCACGGGCACCAUCACCAGCACAACAACAACCUCGGAUGCCCCAUGUGGCGCCAACGCCGUCGUGUACCCGGCGAACCCGGAGGCUGUGGGAGAAAUCCCCAGAAUCCUGGCGGCGUACGAGGGGAAAUAUGUCGCCGUCGGGUCGGCCCAGGGCGGUUUCACAUCCUUCUACUGGGUCCCUGGUAUGGAUGCUGAGACCAUGAGCAACUGCACCAAAUCGGGCGAUGUCAGUUAUGCCUAUUACUACGAGGAAUGGAACGCCAACGUCGGCCCAGACGACGACGACGACGAUGACGAAGCAGUAUCGGCAGCUCAUAACGCGGUCCGUGACGCCAGCCUUGAGCGGGACAGAAGCAGAAACUUCGACGGUGCCUUGUACCCACCCAGUGGCAAACUUGACGACGACCUCCCGUCGGCGAGUCUUGAUACGAGAUCCGACAAUGCCACCUUCGAGCUCGCCCUUCAGGGCCAUACUCUCGACAAGCGUGACGGGACAUUCCGCUCGUCGGUGUACUGGGAUCUUCCGUUUGACUCGGUACCUCCGGGCACGGUUUAUCAAGCCACUUCCGAGACGUACAUCAAUGGACCGAACCCAUGGCAGUUCAGAUACGACGUGACGGCCGGAGAAGGGCAGUUUGUUUAUCUCAUUUCAGAGGAAGGAAUCUGGACAAAUCACGACGAAUUCACCAAGAGCGACGGAACAAUCGAGACUCUAGGAACGACUACCCUCGGUAAUCCACUCACAGGCGCAAAGCCCGAUCCUGCUCACGGGUCGGGCUGUGCCGCCAAGAUCAUGGGGGCGAAGCUAGGUGUAUGCAAGAAGUGCACCUUGAUCUUCUGCUCUUCGGACAACCUAGUCACGCCACCGGGCCAGGCCCAGACCAAGGUCAAGGAGGCCAUUAUCCAGCAGCUCGACGCCGUUUUAGAUCACAUAAUCAGCAAAAAGCGGGUGGGCAAGGCCUCCGUCAGCAUGAGCUUAUCCUAUGGUCCUGGGAAAAUGAACCCAGCAUUCUACCAGAGCAUGAGAUACUCACUCAACCAGCUGGUCAUCAAGGGGAAGGCGGUGAUUGUUGCCUCAUCCAACAACCACGCCAAGAAAGAAGGCCGCGCCAUUAACAGGUAUCCCGCGUUAUACGGGGACCCGCAGGACAGAAAUGGCCAGUUGGCCACCCUCAUCACGGUGGGAUCCGUCGACUCGGACACGUACCAGGCGGACUCCAGUCAGUACGCAGACUGGAUGACGACGUUCGCGCCCGGUGACGGUGUUUAUCUUCCGGCCAAUCCCAACAACGGCGACACCAACGCGAUGAGGAAGGGCAGCGGGACAUCAUACGCCGCUCCCCAGGUGGCAGCACUGGCAGCUUACCUGCGAGGCUUGAACUCCCCCUGGAAAACCCAGCUGGAAGACCCCGCCAACGUCAAGAAGCUGAUCCGAAUACUCCACCGGCGCUUCGCCGUCCUGCACUACAAGUUUUAUGUCACGCCCGCCGACCGGAAGCCAGUCAUCUGGAAUGGAGAGGUAGGCGACAAGUCGUGCGUGGCGGACUACGCCUCCAGGGCCAACUGGGACCACGACAAGGUAUGUCCGACCAUCGACGACAACCUAGACAACGUGUCCCUCGACCCCCCGCCCGGCCAGACCGUCGGCCAGUGCGGCGCCGGCGUCGGCGGGAACCCGACGAAGCGAAAGCGUCAAGUCAGCGGCGGCGCCGGCGGCAGCUGCCCCCUGAACCUGGGCGGCGGUGGAGGCGCGGACGGCCAGACGCUCAGCUUCACGACGGGACCUACGGCGGCGCCGACGUGCCCGUCGCAAACCGGCGGCGGCGGCCGCCUCUGCACGGGCUACUACUGCGUGCCCAACCCGACGGGCCUGCCGCCCGAUUACCCGGACCCCAAGGAUCCCAGCGCCGGAGGCCGAGUGCCGACUACGACGACCACCAGCAGCGGGUCCAUCGUGUACUCGUGGUACGGCUAUAAGACGCCCCUGGACGGCUGGCCGCUAGCUUCUGGCCAGUGCACGAAGCCGGACUGGAGCGGGGGGCGGCGGACGGACGGCGGCGGGCAGACUCCGUGGCCAUCGAAGCUGGACGGGAUCAGCAUGGGCGACAUCACGUGCAGCUUCGUCGGUGACGGCAAGGACUGGCGGAGCACGAAGCGCGGCGAUAGGCUGGGCGAGCUGGAUUGUAAGGGGUAUGCGCCGGCGGCGUGCUACCAGGGUUGGGUGACGGAUCAGCCCGAGCAGUGUUUUGGGCUGGAUGGGAAUUCGGGGAUUGAUCAGAUUAUGGCUUGUCACUGGUAG